UAAUCGAUGAACACGUACGCGUACGAUAGGCUAGACAAAGCAAUCCUGACCCCCCUCGAAGAAGCAGAGUCGGCGAGAUUAUCCAUCGAUGGCGGCACUCCGGCACGCGGGGAGGAGGCUCUGCGAGCGGGCGCUCCAGCGAGGUGGACCCCAGGUGAUUCCGUCUGGCCGCCGGUCCAUGUUCAUCUCCAUCGGUGGCAAGCCUAAACCUACGACUGCGGCGGCUCAGGAGGAGCUGAAAAUGCAGUUCCAGAAAAAGAAAGAAGAGUUGUUCGAUGUGCUGGUGGAGUUGUCAAGGACACGCACGUACCCAAAUCUCUCCUGGGAGGCUCUCCAGGUUAAUCAGCUCGCCACUCGACUUGUUGGCAAGGUGGAGCCUAGGCCUGGUGACUACUACUGGCGCAGUUAUCGACUACAAGGCAGACUCAGCACCUUCUUGGUUUCGUACUUGUUUCUGCAUUUUGUAUAUAUGGAACACUUCUGGAUACCCAAGAAGCAGAGAGAAGAUGGCGCCACAAGCAACAACGGUGAAGCCAAGAUCCUCCCCGACAGCGACGAGAACCAAAUAAGGACAUGAACUAGCACCAUUUAAGUUAAAAUAGUACUAAGACGUCUUGGCUAAAUGUAUCCUAGUCAUUAGAUUGUUUCCGUUGUUUGCUAUAAGGUACUUGUUCUCGACCGAACCGGCCUGGGUUAGAUGCUGAAAAAUUCUGCAA